AUGGAGAUGUUUAAAAAAUUGGAGAUUACCAUACCUUUCUCUGAAGCAUUACAACAUAUGCCAUCAUAUGAAAAUUUUUUGAAGGAACUCCUUACAAAGAAAAGAAAAUACAUUGAGAAGGAGACCAUUGAAGUUCAAGGUAACUGUAGUGCAAUUAUACAUAUAUUUCCUCCUAAGUUUAAAGAUCCAGGAAUUUUCACUAUUCCUUGCACCAUAGUAGAGUUGGAAGUUGGAAGGGCGUUGAUUGAUUUAGGAGCUAGCAUUAACUUAAUGUCGCUUUCCAUUUUCAAAAGAAUUAAGGGUUUGGAACUCAAACCUACUAGAAUGACGCUUCAAUUGGCAAACAGGUCUCUUAAAUAUCCGUAUGGGGUGGUUGAAGAUGUGUUGGUAAAGGUUGACAAAUUUGUAUUUCCAGUGGAUUUUGUCAUAAUGGAAAUGGAGGAGAAUGGAGAUGUGCCUCUUAUCCUGGGAAGACCAUUUAUGAAAACAGCUAGAGUUUUAAUUGAUGUGGAGAAUGGCAAGCUUAAAGUGAGACUGCAAGAUGAAGAAGUGAGUUUUGAUGUAUUCAAAGUCAUGACACACCCUAAGGAUGAUAACGCAUGUUUCCAACUUGAUAUGGUUGAUGAACUUUGUAUGGUGCCAGAGACGAUGAUGCGUUGUUCUUCUCCAUUGUUCUUCUCCAUUAGAAAGAACUCUCAUUGA